UACACUUUGACGAGUUGAAUAAUUGGAAUUGAGUGUAAUAAUUAGAACUCACAAUUUCUUAAAAAUGCCCCGAACUAUUACAGUUAUAAGAAAUAAAUUUCAAUAUUUUUUUUGUGGUUGUCUCUGAUUCGCCCAACAUUUGUUAAGUAGAAAAAUUAGAUAUUCACAGUAGUUUCGAAGUUACGGGCGAAAUUAGAUUUUGAAAAAUCGUGGAUAUUUUCUGUACUAUUGAGUUACAGAACCAGUUAGGUUGUUUGUGUCACCAAGAGUAAUAAAAAAGUUGUUAUCAAAUUGUAUAUCACUCGAAGUAUCAGAAAAAAAUAAUGGAAAAAUGGCGAAAAAAAGCUUUUCUUAUUCUUCAGAAACUAAUGGGAUCUGGAGGUGAAUCUCGUACGUGAUGGGUCAAGAGCCAAAUGGCUCGCAAGAAAGAAAUAUCACCAAUUCACCGACUGUGGCCAGCGCGACCACCACACCUGAUCCCUAUUAUCAAACUUACGAUGUUAUGACCGGAGUGCGCAUAGCUGCCACUUUGGGCAGUUUUUUUGGCCUAAUGGUACUACUAGUACUCUACAAAUCCAAGUCAAAGACUGAAAAGGCCAUGGAAGACCCAAAGUUCACCGCUGCUGCUAUAGCUGAGGUUGAAGCGGAAGAAAGGCAGCUGCAACUAGCUCUAGAAGUUACAGCUUACCAACAACUGAAUCCUAGGAAGUCGAGGAGAUCUCUAGAUAUUUCUAGUAUGCCUGUGGGGUGGAGUAGGAACUCGAUGAGGUUUUCUUCAGUUGGAGGUUAUAGCAGCCUGCUGGAUCCACCUACCAGGCCUCACUCCAGACUACCGAGCUUCAUUGAUGAAAAUUCGCCUCCAGAAGAGGCAGGAUCCUUAUACGAAGAUGUUUAUUAUAACAGCCACCUUGAAGUGCCAAGGCGUCCUAGCAACAUCACUUGCUCAUCUUCAGGGAGUUCCUACUUGGAAAGAAGAGACUCGGCAGUAGCCCUAGGAUUUCCUGCCUUACCUGCGCACAAAUCCAAAUCGUUCCGACGACAGUCGUCCCCUCUGCCAGAAACAUACGAUUUCUACUACCCCAUAGACAUAAGGGUGACACAGCCCACUCCAGGAGGCUCUCCUUGCGGUAGCGACAGGGCCCUGUAUGACAGGGUUGUAGAUAUUCCGAAUUUGAAGCCGAAAUUGGCCCCUUUGGCGUCUAUUAGCAGCUGUAACAGUUCCUUGGGUAAUGACUACCCCGAAUCCGAAGCACAGUCUGGAGCAAGCGACUCAGUGUUUCAAGAAGAAGAGGAGGCCACAGAAAACGAAAUCGACGAGUUUAGUACAGACAGUGAUGUUAACAGCGAAGAAGGCGCUUGCUAUAGAGGCAGGCGGCAUAGACUGAGUAUUUCCAUGGAUUCCGCCACUCCGACCAGUGAAAGACCUCCAUAUAACCUUCCUGAUUUGAGAAGAUCGUCCAGGUCUUCCCUGACCAUAGUAGGAAAUGAAGAUAGAGAACUUUCUCAACUGUCAUUGCCUGACAGUAUUCGUGUAGAGUUAGGGGAAAGGAAAGCUUGGCCUCAGGAAACGCUGUUCUGAAAGUUUUGUGAGAGUGGCCGUUCUGAAUCAAGAAAAUGUUUCUAUUGAGAAAACGAAACAUAUCACUAGACAAUGGAGCCAAUUCGUGUAAUUUUUACUUUGAGUUAGACUGGGGUACUUUCUCAUUACUCAAUAUUUUAUAUUUUGAUUGGUUACAUUAAUGGUUUGAAUUGGACUUCUUCUCAGUUAUCUCAAAUGAAAUUUAUUCGAGUGGUCUAGCUUAACUUUUUGGAUGAAUUGGAAUACUGAGUAUAUUUGCCAAUUUAUCAGAUGGUGUAUUGUUUUUUGGCUGUUUUAGAGUUGUAUUGAAUAUUUUAUAAACCCAAAUAAUUUGAAAAACUUGUCAUUACACCGGCGUAAGAUUGGGAAAUGUCUUAUGAUUCUGAGUGUAUUUGUGUAAAAAUGUGAAUUUUUAUGUUGUUACUUCAAAAGAUAAAAAAUGUUAUUCGUCAGUUGAAGUAGCUACUACAUUUGUUGAGUGUCAUGGUCAUAGUUCAAGACGAGAUUCCACAUUCAUUGUUCAUUUAAAAUGUCACUGACUGUUUAUUGUGGUUCUGGAAAUCAAAAAUAUUUUCAACAGAAAAUUUCCAGUAUAAAAUUCUGCUGUUAGUAACAACGUGAUAUUGAAAACAAAUUAUAUCAGAUUGAUGUGAAACUAUUCAAUGCUGUUGCUUCUGUUCUGACAGUGGAAUUAAAUAUCAAACUCAAAAAUUCUCACAAAUCAAAAUACUGGGAUUAUUGAUAUUUUUAUGGACAUACUCAAUGUUACUUCAUUGUAAAAUUUCCAUACAUUAAUUUACAAAACCGCUACACAAUUUUCAUUAGAGAAUAGUAUACUAUGUUGGAAUAUGUUAUUCUACAACUAUUCACUCAACUGUUCAGAAUUAGAAGCAACUUCAAUCAUCACAGAUUAUUUUAUAUUUUGAAAUUUUCAGUAAUACUGUUUUUGAGACAUCUCAGAUUGGAAAUAUAUAGAUAAUUAUACUUCAGUUUGAUGUGACAAGAUUAAGUGGCCACUAAAAAUAUAGUCAUUAUCAGGAAAUGCAUCAAAAAUUGGGAAAAAAACAGAAAAGAGUCUUUUCCGGUAUUUAUGACUCCGUCACAGUUCAGCGAGUUCAAGAAUCGAUAUAGAAUGUUUUAUUUAUGAAAUAUUUCAAUGGAGAAGGGUGUCAAAGUAAUAUGUCCUUUUUAAAACAAUUCAAUUUCUCUUUGAAUUGCAAGAAACCCUCAUAGUUUUGUGAGGAAUUACAUUUCAAAAUUCAGAUUUAAAAAGAAACUCAUUAAUACAGUUCAUUGUAUGAUUUUCACUAUAAAGGGUUUUACAAUAAACUGUAUUAAUGAGUUUUAAUAUAGAUUUCCGUCAAGUAUCGGCCAGUUCAUUUCAAUCAGGUUUUUUCAAUAGCUUAUUUACUAUACUUAUCUCCGAACUUUAUCUUACAUUCUGAAGUCUUCCUACAGUGAUUCUAUGACAUUCAUCAACAAUUCUUUGGAGCAAAUCUGUUUGUCAUCACUUUUAAGGUAUUCACACAAAGGGAAAUCUAGGAGUGUAAAAUCUGGUGACCGUGGAGCUUAUUUUGUUCUGCUUUUUCCACGGACACUGUGCCACGGUCUGAGAAACACUCAAGAAACGAUAAAACAGUUCAAUUGCAAUUAGUUAAAAAAAAGAAAAUAUGAAAACAAAUAUUUACAUUGCCAUUUCAUGAAAAUGUGUUUUGCACUACAUCCAAGAUUACAAAUUUUUACAAAAAAUUGCAGAAUACAGAAUUUUUGCUUCCUAAAAUCAGAUAUAUGUGAAAAAUAAAACUUCAGAGAUGACCUUGACUAUUAUAACCUUUAGAUUGACAUGUGGAAGUUAGGAAAUGAAUGUCCCAAAAAUUGAUGUCGAUGCCCUUCAUUUUUUUUGAAUAUACUUUUUUUCAUGAAUUAUUUUAGUGAGAUUCAUUGAAAACUCAAAGUUCUUUCACUUUACAAAAAUUGCUCUAAUUUGAGUAGUUUCUCUAUAGCAACAGCAACAGCGGUCGCGUAAAGUAAAUAAUUUUUUUCCUUAAAUUUGGCCUUUUCUUGGUGCUACAAUUUGGUGGCAUCUAAGGAGAAAUUAUUUUCGUGAAUGCAUGUAGAGUAGGUUACAAAUAAAAUAUUACAAAAAAUGUUAAACGUAGAAUAUUGAAUUGCGCACUGACAGUCUGGCAAUAGGUCUGAGAUUCUUUCAAAAUUUCUAAAUUGAUAAUUCGGUGGAUAAACUUUGUUUCUCAAGUAGGCCCAUGAGAAAAUCGAAUCGCAUUUGACUUGUCAGGUCAUUUAGUUGCUCACCAUCCCCUAAAAAAAUAACCGAGUACUUGAAGAAGAAACCACUUCUCGAAAUGUUCGCUGCUUUCCAUACGAAUAUAAAUCGGAAAGUGCAAAAAUAGUUUUCUCUUGAGAAAUUCACCAGCUCGAAAAAAUAAAAUUCUUCUUCGCAUUACCCUUCUUAUUUGAGGUUUUUGAGAGUGACAAUCUAUCAUUAAAUUAGGGCCGUAGUCAUUAAUGACUGCUUAGUCAUUAAAGCUGUUCAGAGUGUGGGAGUCUGAAACGUGUUCGUAGACUGGAAAUGAUUUACAUCAAAAUUAGAUGCAUUUCUUGGUAUCGAUCAAAAUGUAAAUUUUUUUUGUCGAAUUGCAGAUAUCUGCAUAUAUUCUUCUAAAUGUAUUAUCAAAAAUAUAAUCAAAUUAUUAUUUUUGACGAAAAACUAAAUUUGAAUUCUAAUUGAAAAUGCAAACUCAGAAUAAAUGAAAGCAAAUAAUUUCACAAUCAGAUAAUCAGGGAUAAACUGCUUGCCAAUCCCAACAGGUCUAGAUCCUUCUGGUGAGUAGCUGAAGCUGUUAUUCAAAAAAUUUGGGAAUUCAAUAUUCAAGACUGUUUUAAUUCGACUACCUAUAUGAAUGUUUGGAAAGAAUGUCUUCAUUCUGUUGUGUUAACAAUGGAAAAUAUCCACCUAAUAACUACUUCAAUUGACUGAACUAUUUUAUUUUGAAAGUGACCUAUUUUAAAUUAGUGUAUGGAAAAUUGAUUCCAAAAAAUAAGUGAAAAUAUCAAAAACUGAACACUAUUUAAAAUCAUAUUAUAUCUUCCUAGUUUUGUUGUGCCAAUAUCUAUCUCAGUAUUUAAAGAAAUAUAUUCAGAGGAUCAAGUUGAGAAAAUUAUUCAUGAACAAAAAAUACUGAUAUAUCUUUUGUGGAGGAGCAAAUUUUUAUAUAAUUAGUGAUUUCCUUACCUUGAAAAUUAUAGGUACCACCGUGUGAAUCACAAAAAUGAGAUAAUCGGAUAGAAACAGGGUGUUUGGAAUAUUCAGCUCAUUUCGAAUAUGGAACACUAAUUUAGAAUAAGAAUGAUUCAAUUUUUCCUUAAUCAAGUUCGGAACGAAUACUCACAAUAGAAUAAAAUAUUCAUAACCGCAAAUGCUCUUUGAAAAUAUGCAAGAACAUUUAUUUUGUAUAGAAUAUUUACAACUGUCUCGGUAAUUGUGAAGAAUCGUUUAAAAAACAUGAAACAAACUUCCAGUGAGUGUCAUAUUUGGGACUGCUUUUAUAUUGGACUAUGUCGUUUCACCUGAAACUUUCAUGAUCUACCUGAAAACUGCGCAAAUCAAAUGUUUUAGAUUACUGGCAUAUUUUUUUAUCCUCCUAUAGUUUGAUAAGCUCUUGUGAUGAAUGGGUAUAUAACUUCAAUGAUGGCUUUGAACAUCAACACAUGAUAAAAAUCAAAUUUGACUACUGUAUAAUUUCAGGUCUCUCACCUCAAGGCAUUUUCAUUUUCUAUACAUAGAAUGUUGAUUGACGAUCUGAAGUUUCAUAUUCAUACGUGAGUUGUUUCAAUUUUCGAAAGUUUAAGUGAAUACUCAUCGAGGAAAAAUAUAUUCAUUUCAUAAAGAAAAUGAAAAAUUAUUAUAUGUUAAUAUGUAGCAAAGGCAUGUGGAUGUUUCUUGUACAAAAAAAACUGUAUAGAGAGUAUGUUGAUCAAUGAUUUCAAAGUGUGAAAAUGCAAUUUUCAAUAAAUGUUUUAACUGUUA